AUGGACGAAAUCAUCACACGAUGGGCCACUGAUUUGUCAAAAUACCAAAAGGACUUCAAAGAUCAAGCAGCUCAAGUUGCGGCCUGGGAUCGCCUGCUUGUUGAGAACGGCGAGAAGAUUCAAAAUCUCUACCUGAAGACUUUUGAGGCUGAAAAGGCCAGCCAUGAGGUUGAGCGCCAUCUAGUCACUGUCGAGAGCCAGCAGGAAGAACUAGAAGCUUGGCUGGACAAGUACGAGCAAGACGUGGACCAAAUGUUUGCUCGGGACAUAGGACGAAACGAACAACUGGCCGGCCCCGACCAGGAGCGUGAGAAGACGUACAAGCUGGCCGAAAAGCUGACCGAUCGUUUGGACGAGAUGGGCCGGGAUUUAACCAAGAUGAUCAAGGAGAUAAAUGACAUUUCUGGCACAUUGAGCAAGGGCAACAAACCUGAUGAUCCGUUGAGCCAGAUCGUCCGCGUUCUCAACGGACAUCUCACCCAACUUCAAUGGAUCGAUAGCAACGCCGCGCAACUGCAGGCCAAGGUCAAUGCAGCGCAGAAGGCGAGUAGCGCGGUGGGAAACCAGUAUGGAGGUCCGGAGAAUGGAGCGGCCGAGAGCUUCUAUCGCUCCUACAUGGGGGGACGUAGAUAA